UUGUCUCUCACAGAAAUCCCAAUCUAAGCAUAUAUAAUGGAGAGAGAGAGAGAGAGAGAGAGAGAGUAGUUGAAAAGUGAAGUAGAGAGAGAGAAUGGGCUAAUCUGCAGUACAUUGAAGCUGGGGUUUGGUGUGAACAGCGUCUGUUGGUCAAGAACUUUGGCUUGUUUGGGUUGAGGAAGAACUUGUCUUUUAUCAUUCAUAGGAGAAUCAGCCUUUGAUACAAACCCACAAAGCGAGUAGAGGUGAAAGUCCCGUGGCAGGGAGAUCAAGGAACUCUCUGUUUGUAGGAUAUUAGCUGCGGGCGAGGGGGGAAAUAUCGAGCUCGUUGACUCUGGCCUGGAACCAUUACCUCGCCCUUUCCCAGUGGAGCGAAAGGGACCACCAUUGGGUGAAGUCCAAACCGAUAUUUCUGAUUCUUGCAGCCGGCGUCAUGGCCACUGUGUUGCAUUCAGAGUCCAGACGCUUGUACUCUUGGUGGUGGGAUAGUCACAUCCCAAAGAACUCAAAAUGGCUUCAGGAGAAUCUUGCAGAUAUGGAUACGAAAGUCAAGUCGAUGAUCAAACUCAUUGAAGAAGAUGCGGAUUCUUUUGCGAGGAGAGCAGAAAUGUACUACAAGAAACGUCCAGAGCUCAUGAAACUGGUGGAACAGUUUUACAGAGCUUAUCGUGCAUUAGCUGAGAGGUAUGACCAUGCGACAGUGGAGCUUCGCCAUGCUCAUAAAACCAUGGCAGAAGCAUUCCCAAACCAGUUGCCUUUCGACAUGAGUGAUGAUUCCACAUCGUUUUCUUCUGAGCCUCGUACCCCUGAGAAAAUGCCACUGCGAAUUCAGCCAUUUUAUGACUCUGAAGACAUGCAAAAUGAUGGUAGUGCAAGUAACAAGGGCUUAAGACAAGUGAAGGAGCUAUUCAGGAAUCCAGAUGCUAAUAAAGCAGAUACAGAAGUUGAAGCCUUGAAGAGAACUUUAAUGGAACUUCGGGCUGAGAAGGAGGCUUUGAGUCUCCAGUAUCAGCUCAGCCUGAACAAACUAUCCAGACUGGAGAAAGACCUUGACAAUGCUCAAAACGAUGUGAAAGGGUUUGAUGAUCGUGCUUCCACAGCUGAGAUUGAGUUUAAGAUACUGAAGGAAGCCCUUGCAAAACUAGAAGCCGAGAGGGAUGAUGGACUUCUUCAGUAUAAUCAGUCGGUGGAGAGAAUAGCAGAGCUGGAGGCUUCGAUUUCACAAGCACAAGAAAAUGCAAAGGGCCUCAGUGAUCGAUCAUCUAAAGCAGAAACAGAAGCUCAUAGUCUCAAGCAAGAGCUUUCUAGAUUGCAUGCUGAGAAAGAAGCUGGGUUAGCCCAAUACAAGCAAUGCUUGGAGAUGAUAUCUGCUUUGGAGAAUAGAAUCAGAGAUGUUGAGGAGAAUACCCGGAUGUUUAAAAAUCAAUCUGAAAGAGCAGAGGAUGAAAUUAACGCAUUGAAACAAGAACUUGUGAAGUUAAAUGAAGAGAAGGAAGAUCUGAAUCUUCAGUACCAGCAGUGCUUGGAGACCAUUUCAAAGCUAGAGAAUGAACUUUCUCAUUCUCAAGUCAAUGCCCAAAGAUUGAGCAGUGAAGUUCUGGCUGGGGCUGCAAAAUUAAAGACUGUGGAGGACCAGUGUGCUCUUCUGGAGAGCUCGAAUCAAACUCUGAAGGCCGAAGCAGACAAUCUAAUGCAAAAGAUAGCAGCCAAGGACCAAGAACUUUCAGAGAAGCAAAAUGAUCUUGAAAAGCUUCAGGCUUUACUCCAAGAAGAAUUCUCUCGGUUUUCAGAACUUGAAGUCAAUCUUAGAAGCUUGAAGGGUUUGCAUUCUCAGUCUCAAGAGGAACAGAAAGCUCUCACCUUGGAACUUCAAAGUCGGGUUCAAAUGUUGAAGGAUCUGGAGAUGCAUAAUCAUGAGUUGGAAAAUGGCAUCAGCUCGGUUAAAGAAGAAAACCGGAACUUAAGUGAGUUGAAUAACUCUUCCACCAUCUCCCUUCAGAUUCAGCAAUAUGAGAUUUCUAGUUUGAAGGAGAUGAAAGAGAAGCUCGAGGAAGAAGUUGCAAGACAAAUGAACCAGAGCAAUUCCCUUCAAGAAGAGAUCUACCGUCUGAAGGAUGAAAUUGACAGCUUGAACAGAAGAUACCAUAUGUUAAUGGAGCAAAUCAGGCUUGCGGGUUUGGAUCCUGAAUGUCUUUCUUCCUCUCUGAAGAAACUACAAGACGAAAACUCGAGGCUGAUUGAAUUGUGCGAUAACCAGAAAGGUGAGAAGGAAGCUCUGACUGAGAAGUUGCGUGAAAUGGACGUCAUUUUACGGGAGAAUGUUUUUCUGGAGAAAUCGCUUUUGCAAUCAAACACCAAACUGGAAGGCUCUAGGGAGAAAGCAAAUGAUCUGCAAGAACUAUGCCAAUCUUUACGGGGAGAGAAAUCCGUGCUUGUUGCUGAGAGAGCUAAUCUGCUAUCUCAGUUACAACUCAUGACAGAAAAUAUGCAAAAGCUUUUGGAAAAGAACACCUCGUUGGAGAAUUCUCUUUCUGGUGCAAACAUCGAGCUUGAAGGUCUGAGGGAGAGGUCAAAAUGUUUCGAACAAUUCUUCGAGUUGUUAAAAAAUGAAAAGGCUGAACUAUUAAAGGAAAGAGAAUCUCUUGGCUCUCAGAUGAAUCGGGUUGAGGAGAGGCUAGGAGUCUUGGAGAAGAAAUUUUCGGAAUUGGAGGGGAAAUAUACUGAUCUGCAGCGGGAGAAACAGUUCAUGAAUUUUCAGGUGGAAGAAUUACAGGUUUCAUUAGCUACUGAGAAGCAAGAACGGGCUAUUUAUGAACGUUCAACUGAGACCAGAUUGGCCGAUCUUCAGAAAAAUGUGAGCUUUCUUCGAGAAGAGUGCCGAUCCAGGAAGAAAGAGUUUGAGGAAGAGCUUGACAGAGCUGUAAACGCUCAAGUCGAGAUCUUCAUCUUGCAGAAGUUUAUAGAAGACUUGGAACAGAAAAACUUUUCUCUCCUGAUUGAGUUCCAGAAGCAUGUCGAGGCAUCAAAAUUCUCCGAAAAACUUAUCUCCGAGCUGGAAAGCGAGAAUCUUGAGCAGCAGAUGGAAGCAGAGUUCUUGUUGGAUGAGAUUGACAACUUGAGGGGUGCCAUCUAUCAAGUGAUGAAGGCCCUUCAGCUCGAAUCAGAUUAUAAGCUUGCAGACUGCAAGAUCGCGAAAGAAUGGGUUCCUGUUUCACGUAUAAUGGGUGAGAUAGAUUCCCUAAAUCGGUCGCGUUCCAGUACCGAAGAUGAGAUGCAGAGACUUGUAGUUCAGAACUCAGUGCUAUUAUCUCUACUUGGACAGUUCCAGUCAGAUGGGUUGGAAAUGGAAUCUAAGAAGAACAUCCUUGAGAAGGAUUUAGAGAUGAUAAUAGAGCAACAUGAACUGCUGAAGAAGGACAAACAAGAGCUACUGGAAAUGAACCAGCAGUUGAAAUCGGAAUUGAUCAAGAGAGAGCACCGGGAGCAAGAGCUAAGGGUCAAAUUGCAAACCGAGCGUGUAAAGGGCGAGAACUUGAACAAGGCAUACAAGUUUUUGCAACAAGAGUAUUCCAAUGCACUCGUCAAAAUCGAAACUUUGCUGCAGAAGUUUUCGGAACUUAAGUGCGAAAUGUGUACACUACAGGAAGAAAAUGAUGCAAUUCUUCAGGAAGCUGUUGCUUUAAGUAACAUGUCAGUGGUUUACCACUCCGUCGGGGAUGAAAGAGCUAAACAAGUCAAAGAUUUUACCGAAAAGAUGGAUACUUUGGUGGAAAUUAACUCCAAUCUUAAACAAAAGCUCGAAACAAUGGAGGAGAAGUUGAGAGAAAAAGAAGCAGAAGGGCAUGAGCUUAGCAAGAAACUGGAGAAGUUACAGGAAGGAUUCGAAGAGGCAAACGAGCUGAACGACCUCUUAGAGAAUCAAAUUUCAGAUAAAGAUGAAAUCUUUAGACAAAAGGCUGUAGAGCUUCUCGAGGCAGAACAGAUGCUCAAGGCUACACACAAUGCAAAUGUGGAAUUGUGUGAGGCAGUUGAAGAGCUGAAGAAGGAAUGUGAAGAAUCGAAGGGAAUGAGGGCAAACUUAGAGAGACGGAUUUCUGAACUUCUGGACCUCAAGGGGAGGCAGGAAGAAGAGAUCGUAAAGCUUAACACUUUGAAUGAAAACUUGGAAUCUGAGAUCGGUGAACUGAAGGCUCAGUUAUCUGCUUAUGAUCCUGUUGUAGCAUCACUGGCCGAAGAUAUAAAAUCUCUCGAGGAAAGUGCCCUAUCUUUGACGAAACUUCCAGCAACAGUUGAUCGAAGCAGAGAGGAGGAGCACUCGGAAGCUACAGUCUCCCGAGAAUCCGAAGGGCAAAGUGGUGGAACACCAGGAGACAAGAUUGUGCUUCUGCGGGAAAUGAAAACGAGAAUCAAAACCAUUGAGCAGGUAGUUGUGAAUGAAAGGGAUAGACUUGUUAAGCAGAGAAGGAGAAGUUACUCGAAUAGAAGCAGAGACCGGAGGAAGGUGGAAGAAGACAGAUAUCUCGACGAAAAGGUCUCUGGUGAAAUCAGACCGCGAAGAUCAAGAGCGAGAAUGUCCGAGGUGAAAGGCGGGUUAUUGGUGAAAGAUAUUCCUCUUGAUCAAGUUGCAGACAGAAGUCGGGGAACUAGUUGCGGUUCCAAUGAUCAAAUGCUCGAGUUGUGGGAAGAAUCUACUGAACUAGAUGCCAGCAUAAAGUCUCUGAUCAACCGUAAUAACUCGAAAAAACCCGUAAAUUCUCGUAUCCAUCGCAGGAGUAGGAAUCCAUCGGCGGAAUUACAGUCGGAGAAAGUGGUCGGAGUCAUUGACAAGCUCGAGUUAUCUAGAAGCAUCGAAGACACUGCAAAGAUUCAGGAGAGACUUCUGUCUGAUUCACGGAGACUGACGAGCCUUCGGGUAAGCAUUCGAGAUCUGAAAAACAAGCUGGAGAUGAACGAGAAACAAGGUAGAUUUGGUAACCCAGACCACGAAAAAACGAGGAGAAGGUUGAGAGAGAUGGAAGAAACGAUCUUGCAGCUGGUGAACACGACCGAGAUACUGUCAAAGGAGAUCCAAGAAACUGGAGAUGCCAGAGAUAUAUACAGAAAGGUGGUAAUGGAGAAAUCGAAAAACGGGUCUGAGAAGAUCGAGCAGUUGCAGACCGAGAUGCAGAACAUAGAGAGGACGGUUCUUAAGCUUGAAGAUGGAGCCAAGAGCAGAUUAAGGAAGAAAUUCUCGGAGAAUCGGACAGUGAUUCUGUUGAGAGACAUAAUCCACAAGGGCGGGAAAAGGACAGCGAGGAAGAAGAAGAAGAAUCGAUUCUGUGGCUGCAUGAGAUCUCCAGCUAAUGAAGAGUAGGGGGUGGUGAAUAACAUAACAAGCAUCUAAUUUACUGUCCUUUUUUCAUAAUAUCUCCAUGGACCUGACUCUAGACAGAGUUUUAUGUUAAACUGUUAGGGCAAGUUCUCUCUGUAGUUUCUGUUAUUUCUUUAUCAUUCAGAGAACAUGUUCUUGAAAAUUGCUCUCUGUAAGCCAACGUAAA